AUGACCGUUUGUCGUAACAGUUUCGGCCAGUCCGAAUAUGAUGGUGCUGCAGUUCACAAGCAGACUGCAGAGGCGCAGCGUGGAAAAUCCCAACUUCCUGUUCGUGCAGUGGGGCUUAGUGUAUCAUGUGGGAUGCCUCCACCUGCAUUCAUCCCAGGUCCCGUUCACCCGAGGCACGCCUCAGCAAAUCAUCAAUUUGUUCCUUCACCCAACUGGCCUGCAGCUCCUGGCCCCUCAGACAUCCGCCGUGCAAAUCCAUUAGGGCCCAACAUAUCUAUUUAUGGUCGGGACGCUCAGUUUAUUGUGUACUCAGACCUUCUUCGAACUCUGCCACUCAAGCCUGGUUAUCAAGAUGCGCAUAAAAUUUAUGAAGAGAUGCGAGACCGGCUUGCUCGACAGGCCUAUGCUUCGAGUGUUCCCGAAGUGGUAUGCGUCAAGGCAUACCUUGCAGUGAUGAUUCCACGGGCUAAAAAACCAACUCUAAUAUCUGAUAUAGUUGAGUCGAUCAGCAACAUCCCUUACCGCAUUGGUGCCAAUGACCUUAAAACUUUGGUGUACCUCACCCUACUUCCCAUGUUCAUCAAGUGGUCCAUGGGUCUUACUUUUAUGUUUGAAGAGGCACAUUUGCGUCUUGUUAGUAGUUUCGAGGAGAUUCUUCCCCGUCCGUCUGGAGAAGACAUCAAUGCCAUAGCAUCCCACUUCCUCAAGACCAGGAACACGAAGCAGCAGUUCAACGCUGGCAAGGGGAUCAAACUUCACCUCAUUAUUCCACAUACGAAGUUCCUUGCCGCUGAGCAAAGGCGAAAUGGUGAGGAAGUAGCUGAGUCCAAGUCUCGUGAUGAUACACCUCACGCAACAGCGGCAAGUUCAUCUGACAUCCAACAUCUUUCAAGUCCUGCAUUAGUACUAUCUGCGGUGUCCCCAUCAAAAAUUUUGCAAAAUGGCGCCCAAUGUUCGCCUCACCCUGUCAAGCACAAAUUAUCAUCGCCUCCUGUCCCAUCCACGCCCCCUCAAAAGCCUCGGACUUUGGAUGCUGCAGUAUCUCCGGAUGUUAGCGCACUUCGCCGUGCACCUCAAGCACAAGCUAUUCCCAUAUCCCAACCAAACUUACCCUUUCUCACUCUUCGCACGUUCAAGGCACUACUGCGGAUAAUCCCCCCCAUAUCACUAUCUGCUCUGAUUACUGAUCCAACCACUUCUGACGUACCAAAUACUACUGCCCCCCUGAUGCAGGCUACUCUUUUUUUCGAUCCACGAAGCAAACCAAAGUAUGGAGCAUUCAAAGCAGCACAAUUCGGCUUUCUAGACAAAGCUAUCCUUGGACCAUCUGGAUCUGAUUCAACUCGCAUCUGCUUAAAGCAGUGCUACUACCAGACCGACAAAUCCAAGCGGUUUCCUUAUCCCGAUUGUCAGCAACUACAGCUGCUGCAGCCAGAGAUUAGAUGCAGCAUAUGGGCAGGAGCACUCAUGGACCGGGUUCAGCAAUAUAUUGCCACGGAACUAGUGACUCGUGGCACACCUCCCUUCAAGAUUCCAAAUAUCCGCUUCGUGCAUAUUGCUCUUGCCACUAUCGAGGACGCUGGUGUUACCAAAACAUAUCUAAUUGAAGAGUUCAUUGACGAGUCCACGCAAGGGAAAUUUACCAAGUAUAUAUCCAACGACUCGCCUUCCCCACUGCCACACCUUGAUGCCAAAUCAAGUGAAAUUGCCCAGUACCUGUCAUUUGCACAACAUGUCCAAUACAUCAAGACCAAGAAACUUGCUUACGUUGCAGAUUUUCAAGGCUCGUCUUUAUUUUGGAUAUCUACACAUAGCUUAUUCGUUCUUGACAGGCGGAAGGAAUCUUUUAACUGA